AUGUCAUCUGCUUCAUCCGCCUCGAGCUCAAGCUCAGUGCGCCCUUCGACUCCAGGUCCAAACAGUCCAAACGCGCUCGAGACUCUCCUCCCCUUCCUCUUAGCCUCCAAGCGUUCUCUGUCCACCGUCGAACAUGUUUAUCGCGCUAACGACAUCUGCGCAUCCACGCGCACAGCUUUAGAAAAGUCUGCCAUAGUGACAGCUCGGACAAGCUUCCUGCGGAGCGGUGUCGCUUCCCAACUCAAUGUCUUGCAGAAAGUGUGGCAGCAGACGGAGAGCACAGCAGCGCACGUCACGGCCGAAUAUCAGGAUGUGCUGGCAUCGCUUGACGAGGCAGAGACUAGGCUCAGAAACACGUUGUCUUCGCUUCAGGAAACGGUGGUGGAGGCGAAGCUGAGACCGGUAGAUGAAGCACCAAGGAGCUUGUUGGAUUUUGUGGAUGAGUCAGGUGUUGAGGGUCUGGUGACAUCCAUUCGAGCUGAUCUGAAAGAGUCUGGGAAAGGUUUCGAGGAGUUCCAAAAGGAUAACAAAGGGUUUGAGAAUGAGGUGCAGAAGGUAAAAGGCAUACUAGACAAGCAGCAGCGUUCUGGAGACAGCCAGAGCGCGGACGAUUUGAAUACGGGUGUGGAUCAUCUACCUGAAGUACUAGCGGACAUGGAAGAGCUUGCGAGAGAAAUGGCCGUCAAUUUAGAAAGUCUUGUGAGUCAUUUUGAUCUAUGUGUUACAGCUAUUAAGCACACGGAGGGCGGCGGAGAUGCCGCCGUGAAGAUCGCAGGCGAUCUGCCUCACGGCGUGGAGGUCGGGCAACACCCUCAAGAGGCGCCAUCGGAGCUGAUCAGCGAUGAACAGCGAGGAGAAAUGAUGAGAGUCUUGAGAGAAGACGCGGACCAAGUUUCAGAGGUGGUCUUGGAAAUUGAGAGCCAUAGCACGCAGAUAGUAAUCCUGUCUCAGGGCGUCGAGGCCCUAACAGCGUCAUUGUUUCAGAGAUCAAGGGAAAUCAAUGACGCUUUCAAGCUGCUCGAAAAUCUUGGCCACCGACUGCCAAACCACAUUACUCGAAGUCAAGCGUACCAAAUUCGAUGGGACGGGGAGCAGACCCGGAUUGUGGCCCGGAUGGAGGAGUUGGAAAAUGCGAAGAGCUUUUACGACGACUUUUUCAGGGCGUACCACAACCUUAUCAUUGAGAUCGGUCGACGCAAAACGCUAGAGUCAAAGCGUAACCAAAUAAUUGAAGAAGCUCGGUCCAAGCUUGAGCAAUUAUAUGAGGAAGACGUAGCGGACAGAGAAGAGUUCAAGAAUGAGCAUGGGCAGUUUAUCCCCGUCGACAUAUGGCCAGGAUUACUUGACUUACCUGGUCGUUUCCUCAUCGAGCCCGAAGAUGCGGUCGUAGAAACGGUGCCCGACAUAUCGAAGUCUGUUAUUCACAAAGCCAUCCGGCGUGUCCAUGGAUAA